AUGUGUUCAGGUUAAAUUGGUGACAAAGGUGCAUCAGGCUUAGGUUCUGGUUUAGCAAAGUGCAUUAAUCUGUCAAAUUUGACACUUAGCCUUGGUGGUAAUUAAAUUGGUGAUGAAGGUGCUUCAGGCUUAGGUUCUGCUUUAGCAAAUUGCGUUAUUCUCUCAAAUUUGACACUUGAACUUGAUGGUAAUUAAAUUGGUGAUGAAGGUGCUUCAGUCUUAGGUUUUGCUUUAGCAAAGUGUAUUAAUCUCUCAAAUUUGACACUUAAUCUUGGUUAGAAUUAAAUUGGUGCAAAGGGUGCAUCAGACUUAGGUUCAGGUUUAGCAAAGUGCAUUAAUCUCUCAAAUUUGACACUUCAUCUUAAGGAUAAUGAAAUUGAUGCAAAGGGUACAUCAGGCUUAGGUUCUGCUUUAGCAAAGUGUAUUAAUCUCUCAAAUUUGACACUUAAUCUUAGGUUAAAUUAAUUUGAUGCAAAGGGUGCAUCAGGCUUAGGUUCUGCUUUAGCAAAGUGCAUUAAUCUGUCAAAUUUGACACUUGAACUUGAGUAAAAACAGUUUAUUUGUUUUGGAUUGUGA